AUGUCAGACAAACCAGAGAUAAAACCUCAUGGUACCAGCAAAGAGAUUGUGGACUCAGUUACUGACGCCACCUCAAAUGCCAUUAAUAAACUCCAAGAAGAACUCAACAAGAACCCUAGCGGGUCUGCCACACCAGCGACUAAGGAAAAUGCUGUGGCUGCAAAGGAAAGCAGGAAAUACAACUUCUUCAUUAGAACCGUCUGGACGUUUGUUAUGAUUAGUGGAUUUUUUAUCACAUUAGCCUCAGGCCAUGCGUGGUGUAUAGUACUGAUUUUGGGCUGUCAAAUCGCUACCUUCAAAGAGUGUAUUGCUGUAACAAGUGCGUCUGGUCGUGAGAAAAACUUGCCACUAACAAAGACGUUGAACUGGUACCUCCUUUUCACCACCAUUUAUUACCUCGAUGGGAAAUCGCUUUUUAAGUUCUUCCAAACGACUUUUUACGAGUACCCUGUAUUGAAUUUCAUCGUAACAAACCACAAGUUCAUCUGUUACUGUCUCUACCUUUCGGGAUUCGUUUUGUUCGUCUGUAGUUUGAGAAAGGGGUUCCUGAAGUUCCAGUUUGGUUCAUUAUGUGCUACCCAUAUGGUUCUUCUUCUAGUGGUAUUUCAAGCCCAUCUGAUCAUCAAGAAUGUUCUUAACGGGCUAUUUUGGUUCCUACUACCAUGUGGGUUGGUCAUCGUUAAUGAUAUCUUCGCCUACUUAUGCGGUAUCACUUUCGGUAAGACUAAAUUAAUUGAGAUUUCUCCAAAAAAAACUUUAGAAGGUUUCCUUGGUGCCUGGUUCUUCACAGCCUUGGCAAGCAUUCUAUUGACAAGAAUUUUAAGUCCAUACACCUACUUGACCUGCCCUGUGGAAGAUCUUAAGACAAAUUUCUUCACCAACUUGACAUGUGAUUUGAACCCUGUGUUUCUUCCACAAGUUUACAAGCUCCCAUCUAUCUUCUUCGAUGUUUUUCAAAUCACUUCUAUCACAGUCAAGCCAAUAUAUUUCCAUGCCUUAAACUUAGCUACAUUUGCAUCUUUAUUUGCGCCAUUUGGGGGUUUCUUCGCAUCUGGUCUAAAGAGAACUUUUAAAGUAAAAGAUUUUGGGCACUCCAUCCCAGGACACGGGGGUAUUACAGAUAGAGUUGAUUGUCAAUUCAUAAUGGGUUCGUUUGCCAACUUAUACUAUGAAACAUUUAUCAGUGAACAUAGAAUAACAGUAGAUACUGUACUAUCCACAAUUUUAAUGAAUUUGAAUGACAAGCAAAUUUUAGAAUUGAUCGAUAUAUUGAUUAGAUUCUUAUCUAAAAAGGGCAUAAUAACACCAAAAAAUUAUGAAAAGCUGGCUGAUAUCUUUAACGUCACUAAGAAAUCUUUGGCAGGUCGCGCUUAA